AAGCUUUUGAUUUUAAUCUUACCGAAAAAAAUGACUGCUCACUACUACGUUGGAGAUUCAUUUGAGGAAGUGUUCUCAACACUUCAGAUUCAUAAUCUCAAUAACGACUGUACACAUUGUACAAAAUCUGGAAUGACCUAUGAAGAAGGAAAGCGGCAUUUUGAACAACACUAUAAAUAUUCAUUGCCUUUUCAAAUUGAAGCUAAAAGAGUUCGCCUGUUUCCAUGCCGAAAAACCUGUUUUACAAGAACAAGCUUGUCUGAAAUCAACAGAAACCAUUACCAUUGUGUAAUUUGUUUAAAAGUAUAUGGAAGAAAACAAUCAUUUUUGUCCCAUUUAAAAAACCAUCAAAAGCUUCCAGUCUUAGAAAGUGCAGAAAAAAGGGCAGAAUUGAAUAAAGAACCAGCAACAGUUUCAAACAAGCAAGACAUUUCUUCUGAUACAAGUAACAACCAAACAUAAAUUUUAUACUUUACAUGUGUGCACA